AUGAAUUCUUUCGCGCCCUUGAUUCUGUUAGCAUCGCUCUUCUGUAAACAUCUAUCUGCACAAGGAAAUGUUGCUUUGCUCAGGAACCUACCCAAUCAGGCUACUUCAUCUGCUUCCGAUGUUAAAUCUAUCAUGGUGAAUAGGUCAACUUUCACCGCACCUGAAGAUAAUCUUAUUGCUGAAAAUCAAAUUGGCACAAUCACAGUAGAUAGAACUAGGAAAAAAUCCAAAAGUAGGCAUAGAGAAGACUCUUCGCGUGUUCCGGAGAAGAAAAUGAAGAUCAAACCAACUGGCAAUGGCCAAGGCCCAUCCUUGAUUGGAGAAGCAAGUGCCACGAGUGGUGUCCUCCAACCUGCGCCCCCACUGGACGCUGUACCCUAUUCAUUUUUCUUUCAGUCAGCCAAAAAGGUCUCUGCAAGUACUACUUAUUCACUCGUCAGAACGCUAGCCGACAGUACCCAGAGAUUGGUCUCAAAACUAGGUACAUCUUUGCAGCCUUGGGAUUCAUGGAUUCAUGCAAAUGAAGGCUUAGCACUAGAGUGCAUUAAUACGGCACAUCUGGUGUUACACAAAUAUACCUUGCCAGGAUGGAACAGGACUUGGGUUUUGGGUAUUGUUGCUGGGCUUGUCAAGCAUGUGACUCCAAAAUCAACAAACAUAGUCAAUGAAUUGAAAAAUCCUCGUUGGAAGAAUCAUGUUUAUUUGGAGAUUCAAGCAGCCAUUGAAUUUGAGGAAUCAUUUACACAAAAAUUCCAGUCACUAUUCUCAUCACCAAAGUUGGACAUGACAAACCCAGGUUUAGAGGAAUGCUUAUCAAGGGCCAGCUUGUUGAAAUCACAUAAUGAUGUCAGGGAAAUCUAUUUCAAAGACAAAACAAGUUCAACUGACAUUGAUAAAUUUGUGUGCAAUCACCUACUGGAUAUCAAACUUCCUGAAGAAGACAAGAGUAUCAAGGCCAUGAUACAAAGCUUUGCCAGCUAUUUCAAGAAUGUUGAAAUGCCUAGCUGGGAAGGAACAUAUGGCAAGGCAAUUUUGAUUUACCUUAUGAGUCAUUGGCAGAAUGUAAAUGGAGUAGAUAUCGAUGCACUUCUGAGAUGGACUGAGACCCAAUUUGAGCUCUACAGAGAUCUUCAUCUACCUUUCUUCAAGGCCAAAAUUAAAAAAAUCCUCAAGAAACCAGAAAUGAUUGAAAGUGGGAUUGACUUUGAUGCAACAUAUCAUGAAAUGAUUGAUACUUCUCAAGACUCCAUAGGACACAACUUUUUUAAAUUAUCUGACAACCUCUUUCACUUCCGAGAUCUUGAAGAAAUCUCAGACAGCGCACUACUUGACAGGUAUAAGCUGAUGGUCAUUGCUUCUCUCAUGCAUCGUCCCUUGAAAGAUUUGGUGAUUCAUAGCAUUGGACACACACCCAAUGUUAUCCCAAGACUGGUGCCAUUUUGGUUGGACAAAUUCCCAGAUUUGGAAGGUGGACUCCUGAGUAUUUUUGAUUACAAGCACAUGCCCUUCAGAACAUGCCCAUAUUACUUUGCCAGUGCCCAUAGGGAUUUAUUGCCAGUGUAUAUGAUGGACUAUCCUGCAACAGAAUACCUAGGAGUGUACCUUGAGAACAUUACCCCACUUUUGCCACAGCUUGAUCCAAGCUUGGUGAAAACAUUACUUUCCAUGGUAAAAACAAUCUUAAUUACCCAUGAAGAUCAUGAUGAGAUUCCAAAGGUGUACUUGAUGGUCCUUGAGGUUAUAGAUCAUGUGGUCAGAUAUUCUCCAGGGUCAGCAGAGAUCUUCUUGAGGCAAUUAUAUGAAGAUGCGGAAUAUAGGCAAAUCAUGUAUAAGAGGGUUGUAGAAGUGCUUGACUCAGGGAUCUUUGCUGGUACAAUAACAGAGACAAAAGAAUGUGUUAUGCAAUAUCACAUCCACACAUUUUUCUCAAUACUACGUGAAAUGACAUCUCCCUACACAGUUUGGGAGUUUGAGGAUCUCUCAAAAGGUGAAGAACAUAUCAAGAAAUUUGCAAUAUCACUUGAGAAGCAUGUUGCACCUUAUUCAAGAUAUAAGAUUGAUGAUCUCCCAGACCCAAGAGCUUACUAUCCUAGUAUAAAUAAAUAG